AUGGGAACAUUUGGAGGACAUGCGCUGCCAGGAUCAUUUUUUAUUUUAUUUUCAUUAUGGUGGACAGUGCAAACAUUUCGAAGAUACUACAAGUCUUUAAAGAAUGGAUGCACGCCUUACAGAUCUACUGUCGCAUUUGCACCAGACUGCUUACCGUGUAAAAAAUGCAAUAAUGUUAUGAUUGAAGGAAUAUUAAAAGUAGUUUUUACGUCACUGGGUCUUGUGCUAGAGGCUAAAUCUGGAUUUAAAAACGGCCAUUUUACAUAUUCAGACAAUGGACAACACGCCACAAUGUAUUUCUUCUUCGGUCUCUCAGGUGUGGUUGAUACCCUGAUGCAUCAUGGCUUCUCAAUGCCAGAAAAUACAGAUUACGCAGUGGGUUGUUUGUCUUUUGUAGCUGAAGAUGUACUUUUCACGUUCCACCUGCAUGGAAGAACUGAGCUGGAUGUUGCCGUGCACACACUCCUUGUGUACAUCAUACAUGCUUGCGUUGUUUGUGUUCUCGUUGAAGCCCGUUAUAAAAACAAUGUGAUUGUUACACUGUCCAGAUGUUUUUUUGUACUUCUACAGGGGACAUGGUUUUGGCAGAUUGGUUUUAUACUGUAUCCAAAUCCAAAUGCCGUUCGGUGGAAAAACGGUGAUCAUAACGAAAUAAUGCUAGCAACAAUAAUAUUUGCCUGGCAUAUAGCUAUCGAUUUUAUUUUAAUU